AUGGUCCAAAAUCUGGCCUCAACUAAUUCCCGACGCAAACCUCAUCAUCAAGACCCUCAAAAAAGCGCCCCUCUCCUCGACGAAACAGAUGGCUACCACCUCCCCACCAUCGAACACGGAAUUUUGAUAAAUGGACGAGACGAGCAUGAAGAUUUCAAAUUGACACAAUAUAAAAGCUAUGGCUUCAAUUUUUGUAAAACCGCAAGGAAGGAAUAUGAUGCUGUUGUCACGGCUGUUCUUAUGCGUGCGAAAAUGUUGGCUGAGGAUGGGUUUAGUCUAUCCUCCGACGGUGAUUGGGAUGACGAGUGGCAACACACUUUGAAGGAUUAUGUCAAAUUAUGGCCAAAUGAGGAGAAGCCUACUGGAAACAUCUUUGACCCAGAGUAG